CUUCGACCUCUGUUGACGCCGUUGAGCGGCCACCAGACCAGAGAAACCCCGUAGCCUUCUCUUUAUUCAUUCGGACCGACACCGUGGACGCAUAGCCUUGCAGCUGCAGCAUGUCGACAGGCACCCCUAUGAUUACCUUCACCUUCAUUAGGCAUGGCGAAUCUACCGAUAACCUGCGUUCUGUGUGGGCAGGAUGGUCGGAUGCUCCUCUUUCGAAUCACGGCAUGAACCAGGCUCGAGCGCUCGCGGAAUACUUCUCUGAGACACACUUCAGUGCCGUAUAUGCAUCCGACCUCCUGCGAGCGCGUACGACGGCAGAAACAUUGCGCGAUUCUCAGCCCGCCUACCGACGCCUAGCUACCCCCGUGUCACCAACGAUGUCCGAUGCUGCCACUUCUGCCGACCCACCGCCUUUUGUAAUCAGUCCUCUUCUCCGGGAACAAAACUUCGGCCUUGCAGAGGGACGUCAAUGGAGCUGGUCUCCAGACCCUCAACUCAGCACGGAGGAGCAUUAUAUGCGCGGCGUCUACCCCGCGAUCACGGAACGUUCUGGUAAAUUUCCUCAAGGUGAAAGUUUGGAUGAAUUGGCGCAAAGAGCGGAUCGCGUACUGGAUGAGCUUCUUCUGCCCGAGGUACACAAAGCCGUGCAGUCUGGCGAGAGGGGAAUCAUGAUCGCCGUCGUUAGCCAUGGCCUAUGCAUCUCUGAGCUAAUGGCUGCCUUUAUGCGACGAGACAGUGGAUCAGGCAACGAUAUGGGUGGACGCUACCGCGGCAUGAUGAACACCGCUUGGCAUCGUAUAUCCGUAGAACUGCGGGAUACGGCCGAACGACAAGCUCCUUUCCUCCCAAGCGCGAGGUUGCCCCCACUGAUAGUGCGUGUAACACACAUCAACCAACAUGAUCAUCUAGACCAAGUGAAGCGACAGAAAGCAGGCAUCGGCUCUUCCGCGUAUGAUCCCAAGCAAAGGGACAUUCGAGCGUUUUUUGGGGGUGCGGGUCUUCCUAGCAAAGCAUAGGCCUUGUUUUUGCUACCAUCAGCAACGUUCUUCCUCAAUUCUUCGUUGCAUUCGCAAUGUAAAUAUAAGAAAGGGUGAACCACGAUGUUGACCACGCGUACGGGCGGUCGUGAUAGUCCGCGACGAACGAGAUCAUGGGUCGUAUUAGGUGAUGCUCAAACAUCACUGCCUCACGUAAUGUGCCCUCGCAUGAUUACGGUCAUCGGACGACUCAUGCACCGUAGGGCAAGAGCUUGUGUAGUUUCGGCGUUUGUGCUCCAUGUGAGUACACGGUCUCGCCUAGCUUGUUUUUCCGGGACGGACGCUUGUGAACGUUCAGAUGGCUAUGCCCGGCGUGCGCGCGUUUGAACAGUCCAUUGGCAAUCGACUUGAACCGCUUUUUCGCGCCAGAAUGCGACUUGAGCUUGUACCCUGCACCCAAUGUCGCCGACGUCGAGAAUAAUUGCGAGGAUGUCCUUGAAGUCACCAGCCUCGCGACCGACACCAAGCGAAGAGCCAG